GCUGCGGCGGAGGUACUAUGUGACAUUGUGACAUCCACCUCCUACCUGGAGCUCGUGUUCACCUUCAAGCAGCUCCUCCUUAAGAAGCGCUCAGAGAUCCUCACACUACGGGACAGGUAUGUGACAGGUCUGGAGAAACUGAAAGAGGCCAAGCUGUUGAUCACUGAACUGCAAGAAGAGCUAAAGCUGCUGCAGCCCUGCCUAGUGGAGACCUCUGCCAACACGGAGGCACUUAUGAUCAAGAUCGAACAAGACACCAUCCAAGUGGAGAGGAAACAAGAGUUGGUGGCGGCAGACGAGGCGGUGGCCAAUAAGAAGUUUGCCGAUGCACAGGCCAUAAAAGACGACUGUGAAAAGGAGCUCGCCAAGGCAGUACCAGCUCUCAAUGCUGCCACAGACGCCCUCAACACCCUCAAACAAGAUGACAUACGCGUCGUCAAGGCCAUGAAGAACCCGCCCUCAGGAGUCAAGCUGGUAAUGGAAGCUGUGUGUGUAAUGCUGGACCUCAAGCCAGAGAGGAAGCCAGACCCUAAUGGCUCAGGAAAAAUGAUUGAGGACUAUUGGGCACCAUCUCAGAAGCUGUUGGGGGAUAUGAAGUUCCUCCAGAACCUGCUGCACUAUGACAAAGAAAACAUUCCCACAAAGAUUAUCACUCACGUCCGCAACGAGUUCUACUCUCACCCGGAUUUUGACCCAAAGAAGAUACGUAUGGUAUCAAUGGCUUGUGAGGGCCUCUGCCGAUGGGUGAGGGCCAUGGUUGUCUAUGAUCAAGUCAUAAAGAUUGUCGCCCCCAAGAAACAAGCUUUGGAGGCUGCCAACCAUGAACUGGCCCCCCAGAAUGAAAAGCUAGAGGAAAAGAGGAAGGAACUCAGAGAGCGGUGGGCGGACGAGAAAAUCCCCGACGUAUUCUGGUUUUCUGGGCUGUUCUUCCCCUACUCCUUCCUCACGGGCAUACGUCAGAACUAUGCCAGGAAACAUGCCAUACCCAUCGACAGGAUUGACUUCCUGUUUAAGGUUACUACUUUUAUAUCUAGUACCAUAUUAUGUUUAUAAUGUAAUUAUUUGUAUGGUAAUAUUACAAACAAACAAGUGCCUAGUUUGUAAGGUUCAAAGACUGGACAAGCACCACAAUGAACAUCUUGACACUUAUUCUUCUUUAUUAAUUAACUUUCAAUUAUCACAGUAGCCAUCAUCAGUGCAAUCUAUAGAAAAGAAUCAACAAUGAUAAGAUAAAACAAGACACAUGACUGUUAUAAUAUUAAAAAAAUGAAACUAUUAAAUCAAAAGACAAAUUCAAAUCAUGACUGGAGACUAGUUGAAAAGUGUAGUGAAGUUAAAUGCAGUUAUAAUAACAACAAUUUUAAAAAUACACAAUGAAACUAAAACAAAUAUAUUAUGCUAAAUUGGAAAAAUCGCUUACUUAUUUACCUAAUGACCACCCACAAGAAGUAGCUAUGACAAGGGAAGGAGGCCAGUGGCCUGUGUAGGAUCCCUCCAGUGUUCAUGUUAAUUUUGUAGAGGGUUAUUUGAAGCCCAGUACUGUUCAUGAUUCUACAGCUUGGGCUGGUAGACCAUUCCAGGUCUCACCAUCUGUGUGAAGAAGUAUUUCCUGAUAUUUGUUCUGCAAGAUAGUUUGACGAGUUUGUAAUUAUCUCCUUUCAGGAUAUUGUAUAUUUUAAU